UAUGUUAGCUGUGAAAGUAAUCAUAUUUUUUGUUUUAAAUGUGGUGAGAAGGAUCAUAGACCAUCAAGUUGUUUUUCAACAGAGUAUAAAUCAGAAAAGAGAAGUAAUAAAUGGAAGUUCAGAUUUACAAAAAGAUGCCCCAAUUGUUAUAUAGUAAUAGAGAAAACUGGUGGUUGCUCACAAAUGAAAUGUCCAAGCUGUCAAGUCAAAUUUGACUGG